AUGCAUUCGCCGUCGCGUUCGGAAAACGGUGAUAGUGACGGAUCUGCGUCGUUUCAUGGAUUCGAAGAAGGAAUUACUAUGAAUCCCGACAACGAGAAUAAAUAUCGUGUUGUGUGCCGUCAGCGCUCACAAGUGAAACAAAAGUUAGUGCGGAUUCAACGUACACUUAUCACUAAUUCUAAUAUUGGAUUGGCACAAUUAAAUGUGCUGUCGAAAAAUCUGUCUGCUGUAUAUUCGGAGUACAGUGGAUUCCACAGUAAGGUACUUUUCUUUGUAUCGGACGAUGCUUUGGAUCAGCAAGAAGAGGAAUAUGCUGGGUUCGAGAGCAUAUAUAAUGACGUGUGCAAUGCCGUAGAGGAGUUACUUUUGGCAGCAAAGAAUACAGCAGUGCCAGAAUCUCCAAUAAACCAACCAGCUCAACCAGUUAUUAUUCAACAGCAACCAUUAAAGAUGCCAAUUCCAACAUUUGACGGAAGUUAUGCCGCAUGGCCGAAGUUUAAGGCUAUUUUUAAUGAUCUGAUGGCAAACUCCGGGGAUACAGAUGCAAUUAAGCUAUAUCAUCUUGAUAAAGCGCUUAUUGGAAAUGCCGCCGGAGCUCUGGAUGCUAAAAUUCUGAGUGAAGGUAAUUACAAACAAGCCUGGGAUGUACUUAUGGAUCGCUACGACAACAAGCGUGCGAUUAUCGAGACUCAUUACCGCGGAUUGUUAUCCUUGAAGACAAUGUCAUCACCAUCGUAUAAAGAACUACGUGCCCUCGUGAAUGAAGCGACCAAUCAUAUCGAAAGCCUUUGUUAUCUCGAUCAAGAAAUCAACGGUACUGCAGAGCAUUUUUUUGUAUUCCUUAUCGUUUCGGCAUUAGAUAGUACCACACGUCAAUCUUGGGAAUCUACAAUGAAAAAGGGAGAACUCCCGAAGUACAAGCAAACCAUAGAGUAUCUGAAAACUAGGUGCCAAAUCCUAGACAAUUGCGAAACUGCUUUCCAGGCAGCUGCUGCUCCAAUCGAAUCGAAGCAAGUUCCUUUCCAAUCAAAGAUACAGCCACAGAAAAGCUAUGCCGUUUCGACUAGUUCAUCACAAUCUACGCUUGUUUGUGACAUUUGCGGCGGUUCACAUCGAAAUGUCCAGUGCUCAGCCCUAUCCAACCUUACACUUGCCCAGAAGAACGAAAAGAGUCGAGCUGCUGGAGUAUGUUAUAACUGUCUACGCAAAGGACAUAGAGCCAAGGAUUGUCCUUCCGAUAAAGCGUGUCACAAAUGCCAACGCCGUCAUCACACAUUACUUCACCACGAUGGAGUCAUCAACAAAGAAUCCAGAUCCAAUGUCUCUGCUCCUGUUGAAAUGGCAAAUCAGCCAUCGGUUAUUGCCGUUCCAAAACAAGCUACUGCACAGCAAACACCUGCUCUGGUUGAGCCACCUAUUUCAACCACUUGCUCCUCGUUUUUUACGAAAUCCGCCAAAACAGUGUUACUACAAACUGCGCUAGUAGAGGUCUUCGACAUAAACAGUCAACCGCACCUGUAUCGUGUUCUGUUGGACAGUGGUUCUCAGGUGAAUUUCGUAACCGAAGAAAUGGCCAACCGCCUAGGCCUCCUUAAGACACCAGCCAACGUUCCUAUCGUGGGUAUCAAUGCUUUACGUACCCACGCCCGUGAUAAGGUGAAAGUACAGUUCCGUUCCCGCGUGUCUGCUUACCACGCCGAGCUAGAAUGUCUAGUUACCCCGAGAGUAACGGGCAUAAUCCCAACCUCCAAAAUUGACAUCUCGCAAUGGAUGAUCCCUGACGGAAUAAUGCUUGCCGAUCCUGAGUUCCAUACACCCGACAAAGUUGAUUUGCUUAUUGGUGGAGAACUAUUUUUCGACAUCCUCGAACCGAGUUCGAUUCAUCUUGCCGAUGGAUUACCACAGCUACGAGACACUCACUUUGGAUGGGUCGUAGCUGGUGUCAUCAUUGAUCCGCACGUAGUCAACGUGUCCCUCCAGUAUUCGCACCCACCCGUCGAAGACAUCGAGCGAAAAAUGCAACAGUUCUGGCAAACAGAAGAAGUGCCUAUCGUUUCAAAAUUGUCAACAGCCGAAAUAGCAUGUGAAGCACAUUUUCUUUCCACCUACCAACGUAAUGAAACAGGAAGGUUUAUUGUCAAGCUACCAUUCAAGGAGAAUCUUUCCCAGCUGGGUAAUUGUCGUUCUCUGGCCUUGAAGCGAUUUCUCAUGCUGGAGAAACGAUUGAUUCGAAACCCUGAGCUGCAAACCCAGAACGUAAAUUUCAUCCGGGAAUAUGAGUCUAUAGGUCAUUGUCGUGAGGUAGCCGAGUCGGAGGACGUACCAAACCAACAAGUGUAUUACCUCCCGCACCAUGCAGUACUGCGGCCGUCCAGCUUGAGCACGAAAUGCCGUGUCGUGUUCGACGCAAGCGCAAAAUCUUCACCAUUGGAACUUUCCCUUAAUGAUGUACUUCAGAUCGGCCCAGUAGUACAAAACGACUUAUACCAUAUUGUGCUACGAUUCCGUACGUUUAGAGUGGCCUUCACCGCAGACAUUUCAAAAAUGUACCGCCAGAUACUCGCAGCUCCAUCGGACCGUCGAUUUUUCUGGAGAGAAAAGCCGUCGUUACCUUUGCGCGUGCUGGAAUUGUGCACUGUCACGUACGGCACUGCCUCGGCACCGUACCAAGCAACAAGAUGUUUACUGCAACUUACCGAAGAGGACGGUAGAGAAUUUCCUAUUGCUACGCGCAUAGUAAAGAAAGAGACGUACAUGGAUGAUGUACUCUCGGGUGCAGACUCAUUGGAACAGGCCCUUGAGGCGCAGAACCAGCUGAAGCAGCUUCUUCACCAGGGAGGCUUCAUACAUAAGUAG